UGAGAGAAAUGAAAAGUAAAUUAAAAGAAUGAAUACGACCGGCGAAGUGGUCACUAUUUUCAUCGGUCAAGCUGGAACUCAAGUAGCAAACGCUUGUUGGGAAUUAUUUUGUCUUGAACAUGGUCUCAGACCUGAUGGUUUUUUUCAACGUGGAUACAGACCCAUCGAUGAAUAUUAUUAUACGUUCUUUGGUCCGACUGUGACAGGAAAAUUCACACCCCGUACUGUGAUAGUGGAUUUAGAACCAAGUGUGGUCGACGAGAUUAGAACUGGAGUUUAUAGAAAUCUCUUUAAUCCAUCAUCAUUGAUAACUGGCAAGGAAGAUGCAGCGAAUAAUUUUGCAAGAGGAUAUUACUCGAUCGGUGAAGAGAUAAAAGAUCUCGUUCUAGAUCGUAUUCGAAUCAUCUGCGAAGCUUGUUCUCGAUUAACUGGCUUCAUUGUCUUCAGAUCCUUUGGCGGUGGCACUGGUAGCGGCUUAACGACUUUGUUGCUGGAAAAUCUUAACAUAGACUAUGGGAAAAAGUUAAAAUUGGAUUUCGCAAUUUAUCCAGCACCAAACAUAUCCACAGCUAUCGUCGAACCUUAUAAUUCUAUAUUGACGACUCAUGGGACUCUAGAUCACGAGGAUUGUUGUUUCGUCGUUGACAACGAAGCUUUGUACGAUAUUUGUGCGAGGAAUCUGAAUGUGGAAAAUCCGACUUAUACGAAUCUCAACCGAUUGCAAGCUCAGGUAAUAUCGAGCAUCACAGCGUCGAUGAGAUUUGAAGGUUCGGUCAAUGUCAGCUUGGAGGAGUUGCAGACGAAUUUAGUACCUUAUCCAAGAAUUCAUUUCCCCUUGGUAACGUAUGCUCCUAUAACUACACCUGAAAGAGCAAUGAACACGGUGAUGUCAGUUCAACGAAUUACAUACGAUUGCUUCGAGCCUGCUAAUCAAAUGGUAAAGUGCGAUCCCCGUACGGGUACUUAUAUGAGUUGCUGUCUACUUUAUCGCGGUGACGUAAGUCCGAGUGACGUUAAUAGGACCAUCGCUAGUUUGAAGGGUAAAAAGUUUAUACGAUUCGUUAGUUGGAGUCCAGUAGGAUUCAAGGUAGGAAUCAAUUAUCAACCAUCCACAACGGUUCCUGGCGGUGAUUUGGCUCAAUCGAAUAGAACUGUAGCAAUGUUAUGUAACAACACAGCAAUUCGACAUGCUUGGAUUAGAAUUGCUCGGAAAUUUGACUUGAUGUAUCAGAAAAGGGCUUUUGUUCAUCACUAUGUCGGUGAAGGUAUGGAAGAGAAAGUCUUCCAAGAGGCUAUAAACGAUACAGCUACCCUCGUCGAUGAUUACAAAGAAGUCGAAUUAUGACGUAUUGAAUGCUUGAAAUUUGAUAUUCUAUAAACUCUCAAAAAUAAUAUAAGAUCGUAAAAAUUAAUAACAAAUGUCUAAUAAUAGUAUACGGGGUGUGUGUGUGUGAAUAUGCCUAUCCUAUAAUCGACCGCCAUAUUGUCGCAAAAAUGCUUGAUUUGUAAUAAGAUCACAUUUUUAUUAAAUAUUAUAUUACAGUAUUAAUAAACAUUACAUUAUUAAAACAAAAUCGAUAUAAUAAUUUAGUACCGAUCCUUACGUUAGAUGACAUCAAAGACAUUUAAAAUGUUAGGGGUGUCUAUUUCUUUACCGCCUUUUUGUCAAUUCGAAACAAUCUUUUAUUUGUAUGAAAAUUGAUGAUUUAUGUUUAUUUUUAAACAUGUAAUAGAUUUUUGCAAGGAAAAUGACAUUUCUCAAAAAUCUAAAAAGAUUUUUAAAAUCCGCGGUACCGGAAUGACAUGAUACUCACCGAAAAUUCUGACUUCUAACGUAGUAACUCGCACGCUAAAUCUAAUCUUUGUUCUUAAGAGCUAUGUGAUAAUUAACGGAAUAUACUUUUUUUUUAAAUAUUACCUCAUCGUACUACGAGUACAUUGUAGAUUAUUUAAAUAAUUAUAAAAUCGUCGGAUCACUAAGAUGAUUAAAUGUCUGCUAUACGAAAACAAAAUGUUUUUCUCGGAAUACGAAAGGAAAAUAAUAUGGUAACUCGCACGAUCAAUCUAAUGUAAUGUUCUUUCUUGUUGACAUUCAAUCGACAAAGGCUGAAAAAAAAUUAUUGUAUAUAUGACACGUCUUAUAAUCUAUGUGAUGUAUCGGAAUAUACUAUUGUUUAAUUAUUAUCUCUUGAUUGAUAUGAUGUAGAAGUUCGUGAAAUGUUGCUUGAUUAAUUAUUUUAUAAAUAAUUACUGUGAUAUAUUAAUAUAAAUUAACACUGAUUAAAUUUACACAAUUUCCAGGAAUAAAUUAUAAAUAUUUAGACGCUUAAAAUGUUCUAUGAACUAUUAGAAAUAAUAUAAGCCUAUAAUAGUUAAUAAGGAAUUAUUAAUAAUUAAGAAAUAAAUUAUUAAAAUUUGCCGUAUACAUGAAUGUAUUCUGUGUAUAUAUAUAGUACUUAAAAUUAGCCAUCAAUUUCUCGCCAAAUAUCUUAAAUUUCUAAUGGGAAUGCAGAACGAUAGUGGAGGUCGAUCGCUAACUUAAAUGUUAUUGGCUGUGAUGUUAGAUGGAAUAAAUCUCAGCGCUAAAUUUGAAUCAGUACAGAGAGACGUUAUCUGAAUUGAUAAAGUAAGAAUAAUAAUAAAAUUUGUCACAUUUAAAUGUUCCUAAUGUUCUAUAAACUCGUUGGAAUAAUAUGAUAUCAUAAAAGUUUAUAAACGUGCCUAAUAAUUAACUAUUUCAUAAAUAAUCUCCGGGACAUAUUAACCUAGAUACAUAUUACUGAUUAAGGUAUAAUUUAUUUAAUUUCCAAUAAUAAAUCAUAAAUAUUUAGAUGCUAGAAAUGUUCUACGGAUUUUCAGGAAUUAUAUAAGCUCAUAAAAGUUAAUAAAGAAGUCUUAAUAAUAAAGAAAAUAUUUAUCAAGGUUUAACGUAUAUAUCAAUGUAUUCUGUAUAUCUGUAUGUAAUUAUGUACACACAUAAGUACCCAACAUCCAUGCAUACGGCUAAAAUUAGAUAUUAUAUUGCCGCAAAAAUUUCAGAUUCUUAAUAGGAACACAGAACGAUAGUAGAGGUCGAUCUCUAAAUGAGAUCUAUUGACUGUCACACUAUAUGGAGAAAGUCUCAGCGCCAAAUUUGAAUUAGUAUCAUGUGAAUUAGUAUCAUUAGUAUUAUUAGAUUAAUGAAUAAAAAACUAGUUAGUAAUGAAAUAUUAAUUAAUUAUUAUACACUCUUCGAUUAUUUUAUAUCAUU